UGUUUUUAGGUUGUGUGUCGCUCCUGCUCGAGAAAUAGGUAUCCUCUAAAAUACCUGAAGGACAGGAUGGCUAAAGUCUGUGACCACUGCUACGCUGAGCUCAGAAAGAGAGGUGGUAGUAUUCCAGGGUCAUGUGGGAGCACCAGUCCCCGCACAAACAGGGCCAGCAGGCCUCUCUCUGCUGUGUUCCAGAGCCUACAGCCACCCAGCCUGUGGAGGAACAGAAAGAGCACCUCACCUCUCACACAGGUAUCUGUGGGUGCAGAGGGCUCCACUAUGAGUGGCAGUCUGCAAAGACGCAAAAAGAGCAAAGGGAAGUGGAAGAGGCUGUGGUUUCUGCUCAAAGACAAGGUGCUCUACACCUUUAAAGCACGAGAGGAUAAAGUGGCAUCUGAAAGUCUUCCUCUGCAGGGCUUUACUGUGAAGCUGUCUGAUCGAUCAGAAGGGGAAGACAAAGACAACGUUUUCCAGCUGUACCAUAAAAAAACACUGUAUUACACCUUCAGGGCAGAUGACCAGCAUACUGCACGCAGGUGGGUAAAUGCAAUGGAAGAGGCCACAGUGUUAUAGUAUCCAGCUAUCUGCCCAGAUGACAACAGGACAACAGCUGAACCCAUCAUGGGCUUAAACCUUUGACAUCAGAGUCACCUGUGCCUGAGAAACCAGCGGAAUCACACCAUUAAUACCUUCAUUUUUAGCUCUAUUUUCUUCUUGGCUGCUGAAUUUAUGGACAGAUUUACACAAGGCAUGUCACGCUUAGUGUUUGUGCUGUCCCAGGACGAGUCCCAUGCCUCACCUGCUUCACAGACCCAUGAAAAAAGUGCCAUGUGUAAACAGUGCAGUUCAGUGAAGCUCAGGUGUCGUGCAUGAUUGCUCUGAAACUACUCACCUGUGUCGAAAUAAAGGAGAAUGAUUUUUUUUUAUUGUAACUUUCUAUAUGCAGUGCUGUCAUUUUAUACAUUAAUAUAAAAUUAAAAAUAAAUUAAGGCAUUUGUUAUAGUUUGAAAGAAUACGAUAAGCCCAAACAGGCUUGUUAUAGACAAUAUAUUGUUCAUUUAAUUUAACACCUAAAUGUUUAGCAUGGCAUAUCCUACCACCUCAGAUAUUAAAAGUCCAUGUUUUAUAUACAAAUUACAUCAUGUGAUAUAUAUAUUUACAUUUGGAUUUGAUACAGAAUUGUAUAGCCUAAAUGAAGAAAUCUGUACAUUUUACAAUUCAGUGUAAUAUAUUUCAUGUGCAGCUGUAUUAAGAUAUUGCUAUCAUCUGCUGUGAUUCAUUUUUCUCUGCACAUUUGGUAGUUAUUUUACUGUGGUCCCCAAGUGACAUUGUUUCCGCUAGAAUACCGGUACAGUUAUUGUUACUACAGUGAAGCUGU